AUCAUAAGCGGCAACAAUGUCUCUGCAACACCCACAUAAUGCAUCUUCCUUCCUCUUCCCUCAAACUCAUUCCACAGUCCUCCCUGAUCCUUCCACCUUCUUCUCCUCAAACCUUACCUCUUCUCCAUUGCCUACAAACUCUUUCUUCCAAAACUUUGCUCUCAAAAAUGGCGACCAACCUGAAUACAUCCACCCUUACCUCAUCAAAUCAUCAUCCUCUUCUCUUUCUAUCUCCUUCCCAUCUCGCUUCUUCACCUCAGCUUUCAUAUACCAAGUCUUCAUUGCUGAUCUCACCAUAUCUACCUCUGAACAUCACAAUAAUAACAACAAUAACAAGCAUGUUAUCUCUUCCUACAGUGAUCUCAGUGUAACUUUGGAUAUUCCUUCUAACAAUCUUAGAUUCUUUCUUGUUAGGGGAAGCCCUUAUGUCACUGUUUCUGUAACUCAUCAUAAACUGCUUUCCAUAAAAACCAUCCAUGCCAUACUUUCGUUUUCUUCCAAUGAUUCUCUUACCAAGUAUACCAUUAAGCUUAACAAUGGCCAAACUUGGCUUAUAUAUGCAUCUUCACCAAUCAAAUUUAGUCACACCCUCUCUGAGAUUAUUUCUGAUGAGUUUUCUGGUGUAAUUCGGAUAGCAGUGUUGCCUGAUGAUUCAAGUUCUAAUAAGUAUGAGGAAAUUCUUGACAGGUUCAGUUCUUGUUAUCCGGUGUCUGGUGAUGUUGCACUUAACACAAAUUCAUCUAGUGUUGAAUAUAAUUGGGAGAAGAAAGGUGAUGGUGAUUUGUUAAUGUUAGCACACCCUCUUCAUCUUCUACUUUUGUCUAAGAGUGAUGAUGAUUCUCACAAUAAUGUUACCAUUCUUGAUGAUUUCAAGUAUAGAAGCAUUGAUGGGGACCUUGUUGGUGUUAUUGGAGAUUCAUGGUUAUUGGAAACUGAUCCUGUUUCUGUGAAUUGGCAUUCAAACAGAGGUGUCAAAGAAGAAUCCUAUGAUGAAAUCGAAUCAGCUCUUUCUAAAGAUGUUGAGGAUCUAGAUUCUUCUGCAAUAGCAACAACUUCAUCUUACUUUUAUGGGAAAUUGAUAGCAAGGGCAGCAAGGUUGGCUUUGAUAGCUGAAGAAGUUGAUUUUCUUGAUGUGAUUCCUGUGGUUAAGAAGUUCUUGAAUGAAACCAUUACUCCAUGGCUAGAUGGAACUUUCAAUGGGAAUGGAUUUCUAUAUGAUGAGAAAUGGGGUGGAAUUGUUACCAAACAAGGAUCUACUGAUUCAGGUGCUGAUUUUGGCUUUGGAGUUUACAAUGAUCACCAUUAUCAUUUGGGAUACUUUCUCUAUGGAAUUGCAGUGCUUGCAAAGAUUGAUCCAAAAUGGGGUAAGAAGUACAAGCCUCAAGCCUAUUCAAUUAUGUCAAAUUUUAUGAACUUAGGAGGAGGAAAAUCAGAACAUUAUCAUUCAACUUUGAAUCAUCAUUAUCAUUACACACGUCUAAGGUGUUUUGAUCUUUACAAAUUGCACUCUUGGGCCGGAGGACUAACCGAAUUCGCGGAUGGAAGGAAUCAAGAGAGCACAAGUGAAGCUAUAAAUGCAUACUAUUCAGCAGCAUUGUUGGGUUUGGCAUAUAAUGAUACAGAACUUGUUUCAUUAGGAUCAACUCUUACAGCAUUGGAAAUUCAUGCAGCUAAAAUGUGGUGGCAUGUGAAUGGAGAAGGAGAUAGAAAUAUGUAUGAAGAAGAUUUUGCAAAAGAGAAUAAGUUAAUUGGGGUUCUAUGGUCUAAUAAGAGAGACAGUGGAUUAUGGUUUGCACCUCCUGUGUGGAAAGAGUGUAGGCUUGGGAUUCAGCUUUUACCAUUGGUACCUGUUUCCGAAUUCUUAUUUUCUUACAAGAGUUUUGUGAAGAAGGUUGUAGAAUGGACUAUGCCUGCUUUGGGUAGAAAAGGUGUUGAAGAUGGGUGGAAGGGAUUUGUGUAUGCAUUGGAAGGAGUUUAUGAUAAUGAAAGUGCUUUGAAGAAGAUUAGAAGCUUGAAGGGUUUUGAUGAUGGGAAUUCAUUUACUAAUCUGCUAUGGUGGAUUCAUAGCAGAGAUAGUUAUGAUGAUGAUGAUGAUGACAGAAUAAUAGAGGAAUUUUGUGAUGAAAAACAGGUCUUAUCAUUUGGUCAUCAUUACAGCCAUUAAUUAAGCUAAGUAUUCUUAAU